AUGCGAACAGUGAAAGAUGCUUUUCAACUCUUAUUUACGGAAGAAAUGAUACUUAUCAUCGUCACAGAAACUAACAGAAGCGCAAGGAAGGCUGCUGAAGCAUGGAAUGAACAGAAUCCCGACAAGAAAUGGCAACGGAAGGAUACUGAUAGUGAGGAAAUUUGGGUGUUUAUUGGAUUAUUGAUUCUUGCGGGCGUUCAAAGAUCUCAAAAAGAGAAUCUCCACGAAUUAUGGUCCAUGAAUAGUGGCCGAUCAAUAUUUCGAGCGACAAUGUCAAAGAAUCGCAUGGAUAGUCUACUAAAAUUCUGCCGAUUCGACGAUGCAGCUACACGAGAUACACGAAUGGAAGUAGACAAGCUGGCUCCAAUUAGUGAAUUUUGGGCAAUGUUUUUAGCACGACUACAGAUCAGAGCUCCGUAUGGACUCAAAUUUUUGAGUCCAGUCCAGUCCGAGUCCAUGAAAUCCAAAAAAUCUGAGUGGACUGGACUGGACUAUGGACUCAGUCCAGUCCAUACGGAGCUCUGCUACAGAUAUGCUACAUUCCAGGUGGUUCAAUGA